UCCGCUUCCUGCCGUCCCGCAAGCAGCGGUUGCGUGGUUUAGCAGGCUUAGCUAGCUGGUCGCAUUGUCCAAAUUCGCCCUCAGUCAAGAAAACAAUCCAUUGAAUUACUUGUGGAAUCAUGUCAUACGACGACGACCAUGACGGCUUUUCAAACGAAUACGACCUCCACACCGGUGACCCGAAGGCAGACAUGGCUUUUGAGCGGCAGUAUGAGCAGCAGACCUACCAUGUUAUCCCAGAGGUGAUCAAGAAUUUCCUCCAGUACUUCCACAAAACCAUCUCUGACUUGAUCGACCAGAAGGUCUACGAACUGCAGUCCAACCGCGUGUCCAGCGAGAGUAUUGAACAGAAGAUCUAUGAGAUCCAAGAUGUCUAUGAAAACAGUUGGAACAAGCUGACUGACCGCUUCUUCAAGACGUCUCCUUGGCCGGAGGCUGAGUCCAUUUCAUCGCUCGUUGGCAAUGAUGCCGUCUUCCUCAUUCUCUAUAAGGAACUGUACUACAGACACAUCUAUGCCAAAGUCAGCGGGGGACCCAAUUUAGACCAGAGGUUUGAGUCCUAUUACAAUUACUGCAACCUCUUCAACUACAUUCUGAAUGCUGAUGGCCCUGCCCCCUUGGAGCUACCAAACCAAUGGCUUUGGGACAUAAUUGAUGAAUUUAUCUACCAGUUCCAGUCGUUUAGUCAGUACCGUUGUAAGACUGCCAAGAAGCCGGAGGACGAGAUUGAGUUCCUGCGAAACAACCCAAAGAUCUGGAAUGUCCACAGUGUUCUAAAUGUGCUCCACUCCCUUGUGGAUAAAAGUAAUAUCAACCGCCAGCUCGAAGUCUACACCAGUGGAGGGGACCCAGAGAGUGUGGCGGGGGAAUAUGGACGCCACUCCCUCUACAAGAUGUUGGGCUACUUCAGCUUGGUGGGGCUGCUGAGGCUGCACUCUCUGCUUGGAGAUUACUACCAGGCCAUCAAAGUGUUGGAGAACAUUGAGCUCAACAAGAAGAGCAUGUACUCCCGUGUGCCCGAGUGUCAGAUCACCACCUAUUACUAUGUAGGCUUUGCCUAUCUGAUGAUGAGGCGUUACCAGGACGCCAUUCGAGUGUUCGCCAACAUCCUGCUCUACAUCCAAAGGACGAGAAACAUGUUCCAGAGAUCAACGUAUAAAUAUGAGAUGAUCAACAAACAGAACGAGCAGAUGCACGCUCUGCUGGCCAUUGCGCUCACCAUGUACCCCAUGCGAAUCGACGAGAGCAUCCACACCCAGCUGAGGGACAAGUAUGGAGAUAAGAUGCUGCGCAUGCAAAAAGGAGAUCUGAAGGUCUUUGAGGAGCUGUUCAGCUUCGCCUGCCCCAAGUUCUUGUCUCCAGUGGUGCCCAACUACGACAACGUCAAUGACAACUACCACAAGAAACCCUUCGAGCAGCAGCUUAAGGUUUUUAAAGAGGAGGUGGCGCAGCAGGCUCAGCUCUCCACCAUCCGCAGUUUCCUGAAGCUGUACACCACAAUGCCGGUGGCCAAGCUGGCAGGUUUCUUAGACAUGACUGAGCAGGACUUCCGGAUUCAGCUGCUUGUCUUCAAGCACAAGAUGAAGAACCUGGUAUGGACCAGCGGUAUCUCAGCUCUGGACGGAGAGUUCCAGUCAGCUUCUGAGGUCGACUUUUACAUUGACAAGGACAUGAUCCACAUAGCAGAUACUAAAGUGGCUCGUCGAUAUGGAGACUUUUUCAUCCGACAGAUCCACAAGUUUGAGGAGCUGAAUCGGACACUGAAGAAGACACCAGCAAGCAGCACCACGGCCACAUCUGGGAGCGCCACGAGCCGAUGAAUGUGAUCCUUAACAGGGAUGAGAACUCAGCAUUGAGUCUUUGCCUACUGCUGCCAGGUUUCUUGAAAUCUGUAAUUGAUGACUUUUCUAUAUAACUUGGAAACAAUAAAUCAAUGGGCUUACAAA